CGUAGUGCGUGAGAUGAUCAUGUGGCUGAAACGCUGCCGGCUGCUUUUUUGUGUGGUGUUGGUGGUGCACCUGGCUGGUCGACCGAUCACUGGCAAUGGCGAUUUUUAUACGGCUGGCGUGGCAGAGUUCCGGCCGGCGGUGUUCGGUGGCAGUUCCGAGCAGCUGCUCGAGGAGAAUCUGCAGGGCUAUCUGGAGCUGAUUGGCGCCGCCAAUGGGUCCAGCGACAUACUGGUCUUCCCCGAGGCCACACUCAACAGUGUGCUCCAGCUGACGGCGGUGCCAGCACAAACGGAGCACAGUCUGUGCGAGCCACACGAUGGGGAUGAUCCCCGAGUGGCGGAGUUCCUGCGCCGAUUGGCCUGUGCGGCACGCAACGCACGCACCUACCUGGUGGUCAAUGUCAAGGAGCGGGCAGAGGAGGAGGCCACGUCGGUGGGUGACAGGGGAUACAGCAUCUACAACACCAAUGUGGUGUUCGACAGGAACGGGGCGGUGGUGUCGCGGUAUCGAAAGUGGAACCUCUACCUGGAGCCGCUCACCAAUCGCACCCCAUCCGCCGAGCUGGCCACCUUCCGGACGGACUUUGGGGUGACCUUCGGGCACUUCAUCUGCUUCGACAUGCUGUUCUAUACGCCGGCCCAGGAGCUGGUUGAGCGCUUGGGCAUGCGCCAUGUGAUUGUCACCAAAAUGUUCAACUCGGAGCUGCCCUUCCUCACGGCCUCCCAACUCCAGCAGGGCUGGGCCUGGGCCAACAAUGUGACUCUGCUGGCUGCCGGUGCCAGCAUGCCGCAGGCCGGCAUCAGCGGCAGUGGCAUUUAUGCCGGCCAGCGGGGUGCCCUCACCAGGAUCAUGGUGUCGGAUCGGACGGAGGGUCAGCGACAGCUGCUUUUGGCUCAAGUGCCAACGGAUGGAUCGCAAUGGACACCCACGGAGCCUCCUCCCGCUGAUGAAGGCGAUGGUGCGGGAGUGCAGCUGAAGCUACUCCAGCAGCCGGACAUUGGCAGUUACGCCACUUGGGCCCUGCCUUUGGUCAAUGGGAGUUCGGCGAGCAAGCGGCUCUGCCAGGCGGAUCUCUGCUGCGAUUUCCGGCUCAGCUGGAACCUGCUCGGCGCUCGGCCCGAGUACCACUAUCGCCUGGGCGUGUCCGUGGCCGAGCGUCGCUACGAGCAGGAGCAGUACAGCUCCAUUCGAGUGUGCGGCCUCUUCGCCUGCCGCGAUGGCAGCCUCGAGAGCUGCGGCCUGCUCAGCAAUCGGGACGCGGAGGGAAGCGGCGAUGGCGUGGAGUUCACCGCGCUGCGGAUCAGCGGGGAGUUCGUCAGGCGAACGCGUCGCCUGCUCAUGCCGAGCACCCUUACCUCCGCCCUGUACGCGCUGCAGCCUUCGGAGGUGGCCUGGACCAUGCAGGAGGUGCCUGCGAAUGACAGCCACACCCACACGCAGCUGGAGCUGUGCCAGCCACAGAGCCACCUGCUGACCUUUGCCCUUUACGGAAACUACUUUGAAGAGUUCGCCUCCAGCGGCGUGGCAGCUGUUGGCCGGGGUAUGCUGACGAUGUGGCUCCUCCUCCUCACGAUGUUGGCGUGCGCGUAAUUCCCCUUCUACUACACGGUAUAUUUAUGUCGAUGCACACAGAAAGUAGCGCAGAAAGGAAACAUUCCCACCUGUUCCUACGCUUUCGAAACCAAUUUAA